AGUUUAAUUAUGAAGAUGAAGAAAAGUUAGAAAAAAUUAGUGGAAAUAUGGGAAUAUGCAUAUGACCGUGAUGUAGAGCAUAAUUAAAUUACUGAAAGAAAGGCUACUGCCGGCCUCUGCGGCAACACUGAGCUCUCUUUCUCGCUGUGUGUUCCAUGGAAGUCCAAGCCAAGUAAAGCAGUUGGUCGAUUCAGGACUCGUCUCCGCAUUCAUGGAUUCAGGCAACCCCUCACCGGUGCGAGUCCUAAGUCGCCCACCAUCAUCCCCUACACCCACCACCUCAUCUCCCUCUCCAAUCCCCUCCGCGCCGCCGCCCGACCCGCCUCCGUCCUCGUCGCUGCAGCCACGCCCUUCUGAGAACGUCGUUGUUGUGGGCUUCAUUGGGCGCAGACCCGACGACGUAUCCCACCUCAUGAAUCGGAUCCUUGACCUGAAUGCGUUCGGGUCGGGCAAUCUGGAGAAGGGUUUGUGUAUCGAGAAAGAGGAAGUGAAAGGGUGGUUCGAGAGUAGGAGAAUUAGCUAUUACCACGAUGAGGAAAAGGGGAUUUUGUUUUUGCAGUAUUGUUCCACUGGGUGUCCGGCGAUGGAAGGGUUUUUGCAGACGGAUUGGGGUUUCGAUUCGGCUUUGGAGGAACGCGAGUUUGGGGACCUUCAAGGAAUGCUCUUCAUGUUCGCUGUUUGCCAUGUAAUCAUAUAUAUUCAGGAGGGUUCGCGCUUUGAUACCCAAGUUUUGAAAAAAUUUCGAGUGUUACAAGCUGCUAAGCACAGUUUGGCUCCAUUUGUGAGAUCCCGAACUACACCAACAUCAACAUCUACAUCUAGACCUCCAUCGUCACGACCGUCUUUAUCAGCCACCUCCUCUAAUAAUCCUUCUCCAGGCAGAGGUGGUGGCAGUUCAAAUCGUAACACUUCGUCUAUUUCUCUCAUGUCAGGUUUAGGUUCUUAUGCAUCUUUGUUUCCAGGACAGUGUAAUCCAGUCACCCUGUUUGUUUUUCUGGAUGAUUUUUCAGAUGUGCUUAAUCCCACUUCUAAUGUAGAUGAGUCAACAGAUAACUCAUUUAACCAAUCUUCUAGUUUGAGCAAUUUAGCUAGGCCAAGCCUGCCCACAAAAGGUUCUGGUUCAGUUGUUGUGCUAGCUCGCCCUGGAAGUAAAUCGGAAGGCGGUUUCAGGAAGAAACUGCAGUCAUCUCUUGAAGCACAGAUUCGUUUUUUGAUUAAAAAAUGCCGAACACUCACAGGAUCUGAAACUCAUUCUGCGUCAAGGGGUGGGGGCGUUUCAAGUUCAGCACCUUUAUUUUCACUUGAUGCAUCAAGGGCUGUUUCACUGUUAGACAGAUCUACCAACCAGAAAGGUGAAUCUCUUGAAUUUGCUACUGCCCUUGUGGAAGACGUUUUGAAUGGAAAGGCGACCUCAGAUUCUCUUUUGCUCGAAAGCCAUAGUCAAAAUGCAAACAAAGAGGACAUUCUAUCUGUAAAAGAGUUCAUUUACAGGCAGUCUGAUAUCUUAAGAGGGAGAGGGGGGUUAGUCACUAACACCAACAGUGGCUCAGCUGCUGGUGUUGGUAUGGUGGCUGUUGCUGCAGCUGCUGCUGCUGCCUCAGCUGCUUCGGGAAAGACAUUUACUACUCCUGAACUUCCAAGUUUGGAGAUCUGGUUAUCUUCUAGCCAACUUAUUCUACAAGGAGUUCUCUCAGCAAAACGUGGAUGCAUAGAUGAAAUUGAAAUGACUAAAAGAAAACCCCGUCAACGUAACAAUGUGCCACCACAGAUUGAAGGGAUAACUACAAAAGGUGCAGAUCCUCUUGACAUUGCAGUAUCUUGGCUGGAAAGUGGUAAAGAACUAAACGUGAAGUUUUCAACUUUGUGGUGUGAAAGAGCCUUGCCGGCUGCUAAGGAGGUUUACUUGAAAGACUUGCCAGCUCUUUAUCCAACUUCACUGCAUGAAGCCCACUUAGAGAAGACUUUACAUGCCUUCCGCUCAAUGGUUAAGGGACCUGCAGUGCAACUCUUCACAAAAAAGCUGGAGGAUGAAUGCACAUCUAUCUGGAGAUCUGGGAGGCAACUAUGCGAUGCUGUUAGUUUGACAGGAAAACCCUGUAUGCACCAGAGACAUGAUAUUGAAACCGGUGGCUCACUUUUAGGGACAGCAGUCAAGCCACAUUCUAGUGGAUUUGUUUUCCUUCAUGCUUGUGCUUGUGGCCGUUCACGGAAGCUGCGUGCUGACCCUUUUGAUUUUGAAACAGCCAAUAUUACUUCCAAUUGUUUUCCAGACUGUGACAGGUUUCUUCCUGCACUCCAAUUACCAAAAAUGAUCGAUGCAGGACCAAUUCAACCCCUAUCAUGGAAUUUGAUUCGAGUUGGUGGGACAAAGUACUAUGAACCUUCUAAAGGCUUACUUCAGAGUGGGUUCCAUGCCACUCAAAAGUUUCUUUUGAAAUGGAUAAUUUUUUUAGAGAAACAUAGAAUCCAAAAUGGUUCUCCAGUAAGUGCUGUGCAACAGGGUUCUCUAAUCAGGUCAAGUAUAGACCCCAAUGUUGACUUGAUUGCCAAUGUAGAGAUAAAGAAAGCUGGUGCUUUUCAAUUGUACCAACGAGACACACACAAUACAGUUGAAAAUGAAAGAAAACCUUUGGAGAAUAUUAAGUCUGAUGAUAAAAAAAUCAGCUUUGGUAGAGGUCUUCCCAAUUUUACAAUGAGAAAACCUUUUUCUGAGGUUGUUGCUGGAUCAGCAACAGUUGAUUCAGGAUUUCCUCCUCUUCAGCAGAUGAAACAGCCUUCAUUAGGUUCAGAAAAGGGUAUCAAGCAAAGUAGUGCUAGGGAUAGGAGUGCUGAACAGGUUCAUGAAACUGCUGAUUUUCAAGGCUCUCAAAAAUUGGAAGAAUAUUCUUCUGUUCUGGAAACCUUAAAUGGGAGCAAUGCUAAUGGCUACACAGGUAGUGACCCAUUUUUACAAAUAGGUAGUAAUUUAAUUCCAGUGACCGUAAAUGGUGGUGGAAAUAUCAAAUUAAACACUUCUUUGAAGCAUGUAGCAGUGUAUGUUGGAUUUGAGCAUGAAUGCCCCCAUGGACAUCGUUUUAUACUCACACCACAGCAUCUAAAUGAACUUGGAUCCUCACAUUCAUUCCCUGAAGAUUUCCAUUUGUCUGCAUCUAUGGAAAAUUUGGAUCACAAAGUGGCAGAUCCUCCAAAAUUGGGAAAGAAUGGUGGACAUGGCAAAGGUCAUCGACACUCAAAUGGGAUGGCUGCUACUGCUACAAAUAAGCUGAGAAAUUUUGAUAAGUCAAAAGAGACAUUGGCUAAUGGCAGUCAGCACUUAGAUGCUCUGGUGCAGUUCUCAGGACUAGGAAGGGAACAGAACCAGACAUCAAUUGGCUCGUCAACACUCCCUAAUUCUGUAAAAGAUCUUGGAGAAAGCGUGCAGUCUGUUAACCUUGAUGAUGGUGGAGGUGCUUUCUCCCUUUUGAAUAGAAAUUUACCAAUAUACAUGAACUGCCCACACUGCAAGUUCUCCAAGAAUAAGAAGGAUCUGUCAAAUGUUAAGUUUGCGGGCACAAUAUCACAGCUUCAAAGGAUUUUUCUGGUCACACCUCCGUUUCCAGUAAUCUUAGCAACAUGCCCGGUUGUACAGUUUGAGGCAUCUUGCCUGCCUCCAUCCAUUCCAGACCGUGAGAAACGAUUGCAGUUCAGCCUUGGAUGUCGUGUGAUCCUACCACCAGAGAGUUUCCUUACACUUAGACUCCCAUUUGUCUAUGGUGUACAACUGGAGGAUAGAAGUUUGCUUCCUCUUAACCCUUUUGAUCAUCAGCCCGAACUAACUGCCUGGAUUACCAAGGGCACAACAUUGCAGAUCAUGUCCAAGGGAAGCAAUCUGGAUGAGCAGUUUGGAACGUAAUACAAGAUUACUGUGACCUAAAAAUUUGGUCCUUCCAUGCUGAGUUUGCAGAAGCAGAUUUGUAUCAGCAGCUCCAUCAUGCAUCAGCUAUGAUCCAUAUAUUAUCUAACAAUGGAUCAAAUGAGGGUAGCCCAAUGAAAUGGAAUUAGUCACUGAAGCUCAAAACCAUGCUGUUUUGCUGUUCCUUUCUGGAGUCCAUCUGCAUUCUCUUUUUGAUCAGUUUGUGCAAAUUUGGGAAGGAUUUCUCAUCCUUAUUUGUACCAUCAAUUCACAUCAAUGAAUUUGUUUCUUUCUGAUAUAAAAAAACAAGAAGAAAAAAAAUACUACCAAUGAGAUAUUUUUAGUUGAUUUUUUCUUCAAGUUACUGACAUAUAGAGAUGAGGACGCCACUUAGACAAGAACAUUGUUGAACUUAUUGGUUGGUGAAAGAGUGGCUUUUCUUUGGCAUUGCUUGGGUGAUGCCCUGGUCUUCAAAAGUUUUUCCCUUGAUAUGGUGGGCUCAAGCUGGAAUUGGAAGUGCUUCUAGGUUGGUUGUUUAGAAAAGAUUCCCAUUUUUUUCUGGUGUACAUGGCCAGAAAGAAAUAGGAAAAGUCGUAGGAUGUAAAAUCUUGACCACAAAUUUAUAGAUGGUUUUGAGGAAGCUUUACAUGUUCUUUGGAGAAUACCUAGACCAAAUCCUCCUUUCUUGCUUUCUUAGAUUCUUCUUCUUUUCUCUAUUUGGUAGCAAAUGUAAUUCAACUCAUGGCACAGCUGUGCUCCGUGUCCUACCACAUAAGUCAUUCUACAUGAUUCCAUGAAAUUCUCUUGAGAAAUUACACAAUCGUACGCUUUGGACUGUCGAAUACUAAGUCCACUAUUAGCUAAGUAAUCAGCAGCCUGUUUAGCCUCCCUAAGCACACGACUUAUACUAAUCCCCAUUCUGACUUUUCAAGCAAUUUUCUACAAUCUUCAAUAAUAUUUGCUUUUGCAUGUGGAUGUCCAUAAAUGUUCUUUGAUCCUUGGAUGACAGUUUGCUAAUAUUUUCUUUUGCACGUGGAUAUCCAUGAAUGUUCUUUGAUCCUUGAAUAACAAUUCUGCAUCUUGUAGUUUUCUGCUUUCUGUUUGUACUCCUUGCAUGUACUUAGUUUGGUCUCUUGGGUCCUCUUUGGUUUUGAGUAGGAUUAGAAUUAAAACUCUUUUUAAGAUAAACUUAUGUUUGAAUUCUCCUCCCCCCCCCCCCCACCUCUUACCUUUCUCCUCAUUUAUUGUUCCUUUGCACAUGGUAUCUGUGCUACUCUGUGCAUGAAAAUAAUCCGUAGUCAAAGGUCAUAUUUAUUUAUGAUGUCUAAGCUGAAGUUGAUCUUU